CCACACUACUGCGCCGCCCGGAGACUCUGUCGAGUCGUUUGCGAGUCAACGCCGCCUCGCAUGUGGAAGGAAAUCGCCGUGGAUUUGCCGGAAUACGCCGAUUCCGUCGACCGGUGAAGUGAAGUCGGACGGCAAGGUUCAGGAUUUCCCAUCUGGUUCCUGCAAGAAUUCCCAACACCCUUUGGCUUCAAUGGCUGAUAACUCUACAGCAGCCACUGAGUUCUGAAAGAACCACAUUCAAAACGAAAGUGGGUCAGUUUCCUGCAAAUUCUCAGCACCAUCCCAUGUUCAGUACAGACACUUCUCGGGAGCUCUGUCCCUUAUUUUCUUCUCAAAAAGUGACUUUCCCUACCGGGUUUUCUCUUUCGGAUCUUUGAGCUAUAAACCCACCCAAGAUUUCAAUAAGUUUGUUGCUUUCUCAUUUUGGGUUCUCAAAAGAAAUGGUUUUUACUACCAAUCUCUACAUUUUGUAAAAAUGCCAAAGUUUUUGUAUCAGUCUCAGUCCUUUUCUCUUCAGGGUUGUGUAAUGCAAAUUGAAGGUCCAAAACAUGGCCAAUCUUGUUCCUGGUGUCCUUCUCAAGCUUCUGCAGCACAUGAACACAGACAUAAAGGUUGCUGGUGAGCACAGGUCAUCUCUAUUGCAAGUUGUGAGCAUUGUUCCAGCGCUUGCAGGUGGUGAGUUAUUCUCAAACCAAGGUUUUUACAUCAAGGUUUCAGAUUCCUCUCAUGCCACCUAUGUAUCUCUCCCCGAUGAACAUGAUGAUCUCAUUCUUAGUGAUAAGAUUCAAUUGGGUCAGUUUAUUCAUGUUGAGCGGCUCGAAGCGGCCUCACCAGUCCCAAUUCUUCGCGGGGUUAGGCCAGUUCCGGGUCGCCACCCUUGUGUGGGAAGCCCUGAAGAUAUUGUUGCUACUCACUCGUUGGGAUUUCUGAACCAUAUUUCGUCUUCGGGUUUGAAACCUGAGGAGAAAGUGAAAUCACCUAAUAAGAAAGUCUUUGGGAAUAAUCAUGUUGGGGAAAAGGAGAAGGUGAGAUUGAAUGGUAGUGUUAAAGAGGAGCAAUUGGAUAAGAAAAUGGGGGCUUUUAGUAGAUCAAAGUCACAAUCAUUGAAAUCGGCAUUGAAUUUGGAAGUGAAGAAGGAAUCGUUGGGGAGAUUGAAGUCAUUCAAUUCACGCUCUAUUCCUUCGUCUCCGACGAGUUGUUAUUCGUUGCCAGCUUCUUUUGAGAAGUUUUCGAAUGGGAUGAGGCAGCAGGCAGAGAUAAAGGGAGGGAAGGCAACAGUUAAAUUGGGGGUGGUGGAAAAGGCAAAUGUUGUUCGCACGUUUAGUCCCCUUCCCUCUGGGAAGAAGGUAGCGAUGGGAAACCCGAUUAAAAGUUUCGUUCAAGGGAUUGAGCUGGGGGCCAAGGCUCUGAGGAAGAGCUGGGAAGGAAAUAUGGAGGUGAAGAGCAGAGAGAAUUCAAAUUUAAGGGCCUCCAAACAUGAUUCGAAGCCCGAAGUACGAAGUUCUACACCUAGAUUAAGUACGACUUCAAGGAUAAGUACAUCAAGAAUGAGUACAUCAAGUGAAAGGUUGCUAUCCAACGAGGAGAAUAUGGCCCAGUCGUCUGCUAGGUCAUCCAAAGGGGACAUUAAAGCUCAAAUAUCUGCAAAGAAAGUCUCUGCAAAUGGGACUUCGGGUGAUCAAGAAAAACCAAGUAAGCAAACAACUUCUGCUGGAAAGAAAUCAUCAGGCGAGCAUUCCAGUAAUGGACUCCCAGGAAACUUGGUCAAGGUAUCCCUAAAUAGUAGAAGAUUGACAGAAGGAAGUGUUUCAUGGCCUUCUCUCCCAUCUUCUCUUGCAAAGCUUGGAAAGGAAGUUAUGAAGCACAGAGAUGCUGCACAGAUCGCAGCUGUAGAGGCUAUUCAAGAGGCUUCUGCUGCAGAGAGCUUAAUUCGAUGUCUAAGUAUAUAUUCUGAGCUAAGUACCUCUGCUAAGGAAGAGAACCCACAGCCUGCAGUUGAGCAGUUCUUGACUCUUCAUGCGAGUUUGAAUAAUGCUCGCACGGUUGCUGAUUCUCUAUCAAAAUCUAUUCCGGGCAGUAUGUCCCCAGAUGAUGAAGAAAGCCUAUCAGAAGAAGCAUUAAAGGUCAAGUCGGAUAGGCAAAAACGCGCAGCUUCUUGGGUCCAAGCUGCAUUGGCAACCAAUCUAUCAUCUUUUGGUGUUUUUAGCAAAGAACCGGCUUCAACUCGAGUUCCAGGUCCAACUCAAGCCACUCAAAGUCAAAAGACCAUCCCAGUAAAUCAACCAGUAUUAGUCCUAGAAAAUUCUAGCAAGAAUACGUCGACAAAGACUCAAGGCAAAGCCCGGCAGAUGGUCGGUUCUAAGCUUGCACAAGGAACUCCUCGUCGGUUAGGGGAAGUGUUGGCCGCCAGCCAGAAGCCUCAGCCCCAACCUCUACCAGAAUGGGUUAGAGGAAAUGGCCUAGAGGAGGCAGUUGAUUUGAGUGAGAUGUUGCAAUUGCAGUCCAAGGAUUGGUUUUUGGGAUUCGUAGAGAGGUUCUUGGAUGCCGACGUGGACGGCUCAGCCUUGUCAGAUAACGGUCAAAUAGCGGGGAUGUUGAGUCAGCUGAAGAGUGUGAAUGACUGGCUGGACGAGAUUGGAUCAAGCAAGGAUGAAGGAGAAUCAUCAAAUACUUCAGCAGAGACAAUUGAGAGGUUAAGGAAGAAGAUAUAUGAGUAUCUGCUUACACAUGUUGAAUCAGCUGCUGCUGCACUAGGUGGUGGUGGUGGUGGUGCUUCACAACCAUCAACAACAGAAACAAAAGUUAGAAGGUGACGUCGUUUUUAGCUUGGCCACAAAAGUAUAUGGUGUCUGCAAUUCAUUAAUGUGGUCACACAAGUUGAGUAUAUUUAUUUCUGUACAUAUAUUGUCCGUGGGUUUGGGGGGUACAGAUGGAGUCAUUACUAUUUAACAGGGAAAGCAGUUGAUGAAAGGAACAUCCUUUUCUUUUCUUUCUUUUUUUUUUUUUUUAAAAAAAAAAAACUUUGUUAGAAACUAUACAAAUUGAAGCAAAUUGGAAAGAAGAGAAACGGUCUCUUUUCCUUUUUAACCUUUCUCGUAUUGCUGUCUUAACAUGAACAUUCCUGUCCAUUGUCUUGUAUGGUGAGAAAUCAUAGAAUUUAUUCAAGCAGAGUUCUUACUGUCA